AUGCACUGCCGCAUUUGUGUAAAUAAUUCUUUAAUGGACGCUGAUUUAGCACAAAAACUUAGUCAACGUAUACGUCGUAUUGAAUCAGCUGAAUCAUCAUCUGAAACAUCAUCAAUUAAUGGUAAUAGUUAUGGUACAGGAACAAAUGAUGAAUCUGAUUCACCAUUAUCAUCGUCAUCAGCAAGUUGUGAAUAUCAUCGACCUGUUGUAUUUAAUCCUUAUACUGAAUAUAGUGAAUUUUCACGUAAACAAAUACAAAGUUUAAUGCAAACAUUUAAUAAAUAUGAUUUAGAUAAAGAUAAAUUACUUAGUUUUAAUGAAUUAAAAUUUAUGAUGGAAAAACUUGGUAUUCCACAAACUCAUCUAGGUUUAAAAGAAAUGAUUAAACAAGUUGAUGAAGAUAAUGAUGGAAAAAUAUCAUUUCGAGAAUUUUUACUUAUUUUUCGCAAAGCAAUAUCAGAAAAUAGUGAAAUUGAAAAUGAAAAAACAUCAAUUACAUCUGUUUUACAACAACUUUAUGCGAUGCUUGUAGAAAUUGAUGUAUCAAAGGAAGGUGUUGGUGGUGCAAAAAAUUUUUUUGAAGCUAAAGUUGCUGCUAUUAAAGAACAAGAUAAAUUUCAACGAGAAAUUCGUGAAGAACAAGAACAACGACGUCGUGUGGAAGAAGAUAAAGCUCGUCGUAAAAUAGCUUUUCAAAAUCGUCUUGCACAAUUUCAACAAACAUAA